GAGGCGCUGGCCAAGCUGAAGGCGCUCACGGUGCGCACUCUUGGCGGUUCGCGCGAAAAGUUGCAGUUGCGAAAAGUUGCGUUUAUUCACUUGAUUUGGAUCAAUGGAUAGUGAGCCGGAUGUUGUGGAUAUAGCGAAUAAGUAUGGCUAUGGAGAAAACCUCGAAGAAGAGUGCACAUCGGCGGAGCAAGUCGUACAAAAGCUUGAAGAGGCUUGGAUGAAUGAGACUUUUGCUCCCGAAUUAUUGCCCUACCAAAAUGAUAUCGUUGACUGCGUUCUCGACCAGCUCAAGUACAUGCAAGAAAACCUACAAAGAAUUGACAACGCCGACUUCAUAGCCACGAUGCACAAGCUGGAAAUUGAACGGAUUCAAUACAUCCUUACGAGCUACCUUAGAACACGGCUCACAAAGAUAGAAAAGCACGGUGCAUACAUCCUUCGACAACUUGAAACAGUUGAUUCAGAUGAGUUGCUAUCUCCGUAUGAAAGAAAAUUUGCACGAGCGUACAUUGCUAGCAUUGAGGACUACCUACGGGAUGUUGCCUUGGUUCAUAUGCCCUUCAAUCAACAAGACUUCAACAUGGCAUCUGUAGAUAGAGGCCCUGACUUGGAUGAGUUUGUCUUUGUCAAGGUGAAAAGGCAAACAAUGGGUGUUCUAGUUGACGAAGGAACGUCACAAAGCAGAAUUAUGGACCAUCUCCCCAAAGGGAACCAUGAUGGGAUGCGAAGCAGCAGCGGUGCGCACGUGGUUGACCUGGCUGAAACGGGAGUCGACGCGGGUGCUGGUAGAACGGUUUGAAGAGAAACUCUGUGUAGCGUUUACUCAAGUAAAUGUUUCUUUGAAUCGCAAAUACACGGGAUGGGGGUUGUGUUUCGUGUAAGUUUCAUCGCAGAUAAACAAGCUGAAAGAGUGCUUCCA